CAGCGGUACGCUGGGCUGUAUAUUAUUCCACAGCAAUGCUGACUUAGUAAAAGGGACAAUGCCCCAUGCUUGGUGUCAGUGGGAGGAAUGGUGCCCCAUGCUUGGUGUCAGUGGGAGGAAUGGUGCCCCAUCAUUGGUGUCAGUGGGAGGAAUGGUGCCACGUCAUUGGUGUCAGUGGGAGGAAUGGUGCCACGUCAUUGGUGUCAGUGGGAGGAAUGAUGCCACGUCAUUGGUGUCAGUGGGAGAAAUGAUGCCACGUCAUUGGUGUCAGUGGGAGGAAUGAUGCCACGUCAUUGGCAUCAGUGGGAGACAGUGUCCCACUGCUGGUGUCAGUGGGAGAAAUAGUGCCCCCAUUGUGUUGGUGUCAGUGGAGGAAUAGUGCCUCAUUGUUGGUGUCAGUGGGAGCAAUAGUGCCUCAUUGUUGGUGUCAGUGGGAGCAAUAGUGCCUCAUUGUUGUUGGGGCAAUAGUGCCUCAUUGUGUGGUGGGAGGAAUAGUGCCCUAUUGUUGGUGUCAGUGGGUGGAAUAG